AUGAUUGCUGCUGGAGUCGAAUGCCUUGCCUCAACCUCAUAUGACCAGGAUAAUAUAUUCUAUUUCUUCGAGAAGAUGGCAAAUAGCAGGAGCACAGAUAAUGCAGGGAACAUGAAUAGUAGCCGUACCGACUUUAUAUUCCCUCGGGACUACUCUUUCCCGCCGUUUUACACUAUUCAACCCAACCUCACAACUCGCGAGAAACAGUUCCAGAAAUGGUCGUCCUUCAUUCAGUCAUACUGCAGACACCAUCGCAUAUAUCGCCUUUCGCUGAUAGACAUGAUAUCCUCGCCUUUAUUCCAUAAUGCGGAGCUGAAGAAGGGCCUGAACCUUGGCGAUGCUGUGAUUAUUCUUGACUGGAUGGCUGGCACAGCGGGGGGGAAACGUGCAGAAUGGAUCGGGAGUGAGAAGACAAUAGCUUGGAUAUGGUGGAAACGGCCUGAGGAAUGGGCCACUGUGCUCGCGAGUUGGGUUGACGAAACGGCCCAGAAAAAUACAGUACUCACUCUCUAUGAGCUCAUGGAGGGAGAGGCAACCGUUUCCCAGGAGUUUCAUAAGAUGGACCCCGAAGUUAUGCAAAAAUCUCUCCAGGUCCUCGUCAAGCAGGGCAAAGCCCAAGUAUUUGGAAGUGAAGACCAACAGGGCGUCAAGUUCUUCUAG